AUGGAUAUAGAUAAACAAAAUAAUAAUAAUAAUGGUGGUGGUGUUACUGAGGAGUUGGAAGAAGGUGAACAAAUUUUCACUUCCGAUUUGCGAAAGGGUGUGCUACCAAAGAAGGUGAUGAAAGGUAGAGGUGUCAUCGAUUCGAUUGAACGUGACCAACGAUAUGCUGGCGACUCUGGUUUGUUCGAAUCGUUGAACCAAGACGAAUCGCUAAUCAAGCCGGGCGAACCGAUCAAGUCGAUCGAAGGUUGGAUCGUCGUCGUUACAAACAUCCACGACGAAGCACAAGAGUCGGAUCUUCGUGAUCUCUUCUGUGAGUACGGUGCCAUUAGAAACAUGCAUUUGAACUACGAUCGUCGCACUGGAUUCACCAAGGGCUAUGCACUCAUAGAGUACGAGCAAGAGAGCGAAGCGAGCGCCGCCAUCAAGGAGAGCGAGAAGAUCGAACUGGCCGGUAAGCCACUGACGGUCGACUUUGCAUUCGUGCAAUCGGUCGAUACCACCCCGACACAUACCAUCCAAUUGAGAUCGACAAGAACCGGUGGAAGAAGAUCAACUGGUGGUGACAGAGAUAGAGAUAGAGACAGAGAUAGAGAUAGCAACAACUUUAAUAACAACAACAACAACAAUAGAAGUAGUAGAAACUAUAGAGGUGGUAACAGUGAUAACAGAAGGAAUAGAGAUAAUAAACCAUAUGUGUUGAAGGUAAUUACCUUCAACAUCUUCCACAAUAGUAGAUUAAAUAAAUCAAAGAAUAUUCGAUUUUCACUCUUUUCAUCAUCAUCAUCAUUAACAUCAUCAUCAAUCAUUUAA